ACUUUAUUUCAAUUUCUUUUCAUAUGGUUCUUUGUAAAAUGGUUCUACUUUACUAGAAUUUGUAAGUGAAUGUUUAAAUUAUUAAUUGUUUACUGUAAAUCCAAUGUUUCUCAUUGAAGUUUGGUUAGCUUAUUAUAUCAUUUUUUGUAUAAAUGCUUUCAGUGUAAAGCAGACACUGUCACAUUUAGAUGUACAUAGUGAAAAUUAUAAAGUUUUAUGGGAAACUGAAGGAUCUUAUGCUAAAACCUUUCCUGGUUUUAGCACAGAAAGUUUUAGAUUGUUCACAUGGAACAGAUUGCAAUAAUGCAAGAAAAAAAAACAUACAAGGAUAAAACAAAAGCAAAGAAAACUGAACACUCUUGUCAAAAAAGUUUUUUUAGUGUGCAAGACACAAAAAAAUUCCAAUGUCCAGCACAAGUUUCUAUGAAGGAAAUUAUAUAUUUCAAAGAUUAUAAGCUUACAGAACCCACAGAAUGGAAAAAGAGAAUUAACUCUUUGCAAAUAAGAAAUUUGUUAAAAGUAAAAGGUGAUAUUGGUAUGACUAAGAAGAAAAUUAUGCUUAUUGUAGAUGACAUUUCAGAACAUAGAAACCAUGCGGUUGGAGAACUUGCUGGUAUUUCACAGGAAAUAGAUCCUAGGUUAUCUAAAGAAAUUAUAAGUUAUGCUAAUGAAAUCAAAAAUGUUCGAGAAAUGAGGCGUCUAUAAAAAAUCUUUGUAAGAAAUGACCUAUUUGAUAAAAGUGAUAUGCCUGAUAUAAAUAAUAGGUGAUUUUUUCCAAGUAACAAUAUUAUUUGAGUGCAUAUGGUUGCAGCACGAAAAAAAUUACAACUUUCUUUAAUUGAUCAGCAAUUCUUAAUAAAAUUAAGGCAUGGCAUAAAGAUGAUCCAUCUGUAAAUAUUUUUUUUCGCCCUAAAAACAACUUGAAAAAAAAUGAUGCAACAGAUACAAUAAUUCAAAAUGAAAUUAAUAAUGAAGAUAGUACUGAAACAGAUGAGGACCUAAAGUUUACUGAAAAUGAUUCUGAAAACUCACUUUUAUUUGUUUAUCAAUCAGAAUGGCAAUGCAAACUUGUGCGUCGAUAUGGAAAUGAAAUGCUCUUAUUAGAUGCAACUUAUAAAACAACGAGAUAUGUUUUACCCGUUUUCUUUUUAGUAGUCAAAACAAAUGUUGACUACCAAAUAGUUGGGUGCUUUAUCACUGAGAACGAAACAAAAUGAGCAAUAUGUGAAGCUUUGCGUGUUUUCAAAAGAAUGAAUGUGAAACUUUCUCCAUCUUUUUGCAUGACGGAUUACUGCAAUGAGGAAAUUGAUGCUUUAGAAGAAAUUUUUCCUGGUUGUAAAGUUUUGAUUUGCGACUUCCAUUGUGAACAGGCCUGGGAGCGUUGGUUAGUAAAAGUAUCAAACGGUUGUGCUGAUCAAAAAGCAGAUAUCCUCCAAAAGCUAAGAAAGAUUUCUCAUUCAACAAAUGUUGAUGCAAUGGAGUUAGCUAUUCUGGAUUUAAAACAGUCUGAAUAUUGGAGUAAUGAAAGAUUUUCAAAGUUGAAAAAGUAUAUAGAGACUUAUUAGUUACCGAUUAUUGAGCGUUGGGUUUGGGCAUACCGUCAAAACCGUCUACUAGUGAAUUUAAACACAAAUAAUGGAGUCGAAAGACAAAAUAAAUCAUUUAAAUAUUCUUAUCUCCAACAAUUUAAUAGUUCUUCAUUAACUGGAAUGCUAACUAUCCUAAUUGAAGAGUUUUUUCCAGUUAAAUACCAAAGGUUGUUUAAUGUCACAUUGUGCAACAAAUUGUUUUAAGUUUUAUUAUUUAUUCUUUUGCUCUUUUUUUUUUAGCUGUAUUGAAAAAAACUUUAAAAUGGAUUCUAGGUAUCGUCCUUAUGCAAAGAUAAUACCAAGUUUCCUAAUAAAUCGACCUCGUGAAAUGGUUACACAUUGCCUUAAAAAAAUCAGUCUUGCUGAAAGCUUUGAUUUAGGUAAGGUAUCAAUGAUAAAUCAUGGUAUAUUCUCCAUUAAAGGUGUUACAGUAAACUACCAAAUUGAUUUUGGAAAUGACAGUAAUAUGCCAAACUGCACAUGUUCUUCAUGGCGUUUAUCUUGUUAUCCAUGCAAGCAUUUUUUUGGAAUUUUCAGAAAGUUCCCACUCUGGCAAUGGGAUGCAUUACCACUAAUAUAUCGCAAUUCACCAUUCCUAACAUUAGACAAUGAAGAAAUUCAUUUUCAAAAUGAGGAAGUUACAUCUACAAAAGACAAAUGUGACACUAAUUUUACCGAUUCUAAAAAGAUAGUAGAAUCAGAAGAAAUAAAUGAAGAAAACAUUUGUAAUAAUAGUUUAAAUAAAGAAAGCGUUUCUGCUGGGAACUGUAGAGAGCUACUUAAUGUAAUUAAAAAUCAAUUGUAUAAUGUAAACAAAAAUGUUGAUGUUUUUGAAAAAGUAUAUAGUCUGCUAAUGGAGGCGUCUAAGCUUUUAAAUGAAAACACUACCCAUGAGAGUGGAAUACCUAUCAGUCAGCAGCAGCCUGCUAAAUACUGUCACAUUUUAGAUUUGCCAAAAAGGGGUAAAAAAAAGUCUUAUUCAAAUUGUUGUGGAAUAGCUAAGGACGAAAAAAAAGCUGGAGAAAAGAUAAAAAUUACAACGUUAGACUGUCCUGUUGUCAAUGUUGAAGAGGAAGUUAUCAUAGAAGACAUGGAUCUAGAUGGUCUGACUUCAUUUAAUUGUAAUGUACCAAAUAAUCAUGUAACGUCAAAAGAAGAGUUUGAGAAAAUGAUUGCAAUAAAAGACAACAGCCAAGAACUAUAUGUUUUGAAUCUUUGUUGUCCUAUCACCAGACAAGACUUAAGCACAAUUUGUAAUAAUGAAAUGCUAACGGACAACAUAAUUAAUGCUGCACAAAAAAUGUUGUUACAACAAUACCCAAGUACUAAAGGUCUGCAAGAUCCUAUUCUUGGACAAAACCUAAGUUUUGCAAUUUUAAAAAAUGAAGAGUUUGUCCAAGUGUUACAUAAUGGGUGUGCUCAUUGGUUUGCGAUCAGUACUGUAAGGUGUGAACCAGGGCAUGUCUUUGUUAUGGAUAGUCAUUUUAAAACCCCUCAAGCUUGUUGAUGGUAACUACUUAACUAUAUUAAAAGUCAUUGUUUUAAAAUGAUACUUUAUUUUUUAGACACAUGGUUGAAUGCUCAGGUUGUUUGCAGUGGUUUCACAGAAUGUGUGAAAGAAUUUCAGACGAUGUUCUUAAUAAUAAUGAUAUAAACUGGUAUUGCUCCAUGUGUGAAAAGAUAACAAAUACAAAUU